AUAGAUACAGUCGUAAGUCACACACACUCCCCUCUCUAUCUCUCUCUCACACACUUUCUCUCUCUAAAGCCUCUGCAAGGAACUAAACCGCAGCUCCGUUUGCCUCACACAUAAAGGACACGCAAAAUGCCAUCUUAGGGUUCUAAAUUUUGGAUUCUAUGAAAGGUUUAUCGAUGAGAGUUUUUGCGAUGAAUUGUUUGUUUUUUGUUACGCCAUCAUCAUCUCUCUAGGUUUUCUGUAAGAGUGGAGGAUUGUGGCUGAGUUUUGUGCUUAUUUACUUCCUACCGGUGAUGGCGUCGUCUUCGGGGUCAACGAAGGUUUGCUUUAAUUCGACGUGUAAAGAGGUUUUGGAAGUUCCUAGGCAAGGUUGGCUCUGCCGAACCGGAGACUUUGCCGACCUUUGCGAUCGAUGCUCUUCUGCAUUUAAAGAUGGAAAAUUCUGCGACACAUACCAUAUGAAUGCUUCUGGUUGGAGAUGUUGCGAGUCUUGUGGAAAGCAAAUCCAUUGUGGAUGCAUAGUAUCAUUUCAUAUGUUCAUAUUGUUGGAUGCUGGAGGAAUUGAGUGUCUAAAUUGUGCAAAAACAGAAUUCAUCUUGGUUAAAAUGAUACUCCCUCCGUCCGAAAAGAAGUGUCCACGUUUCUACUUUAGCUUCUCCCAAAAUAAAUCUCCACUUCCAAAAACACCGAAUCCUACAUGGCCAUCCGCUUCUCACUUUCUCCAGGGACCUGCUGAAAGAAUUAGAGAUAUCUCUUCGAAAAAUUGGAGAUCUAUUUCUGGAUCAGGUCCUGUACCAUGGCGGCAAGCACCCAGUCUGUUCAAUGCUUCUAAAGUUCAACCUGAAUUUCAGUCGGUACUUGGUAGCAUCGAUAACCCUCUUGCAACAGAACAAUUGUCUUCAUGUUCUCUGGGUAAAAGUACAGCAAACGAGCCCUCUGAGAAAUUAGUUAAUGAAAGCUGGCAAGUUGGUGCAUCAGAGAUGGCUGCUGCUAGAGCCAGAGCCAUUGGAAUCCAGUAUGAUGGUCAAUGUAAUUUGUUUGGAGAUGUUCCUCGCCAAUCUUUCUUCUAUACCAAUGAACUUCCGACCUCUCUUUCUAGUUUGCCAGCAAGAAUGGUGGCACAAGAUCAAAAAAGUGAAAAAGGAAAGGUAUCUGGAAUUCAUGUUCAACAUCUAUGUCCUCUGCCAUUGGUAGGGAAACAGUUCUCUAAUAACAAUGGAUCUGGCCCAUCUCUUGAAGCUCAGGCUCACAAUGCAAAAUCUAGAGGAGAAACACGGGGGAGGAAUCAGCUACUUCCGCGUUACUGGCCCCGGAUAACAGAUCAAGAACUACAACAGAUAUCUGGAGGUACAAAUGCGAAGAUUACUCCUUUGUUUGAAAAAGUGUUAAGUGCUAGUGAUGCUGGGAGGAUUGGGCGAUUGGUGCUGCCAAAGAAAUGUGCAGAGGCUUACCUUCCUCCAAUUUCUCAGCCUGAAGGUUAUCCCCUUGUAGUUCAAGAUUUAAAGGGGAAGGAUUGGGUGUUACAAUUUAGAUUCUGGCCCAACAAUAAUAGCAGAAUGUAUGUUUUAGAAGGAGUCACUCCUUGUAUACAAUCAAUGCAAUUGCAAGCUGGUGAUACAGUAACAUUUAGUAGGUUAGAGCCCGAAGGAAAGCUUGUCAUGGGAUUCAGAAAAGCGUCACUCGCUUCUCCAUCUGACCAGGGCAAUGAAACAGUGAGCACAAGGAAUGAAGAUCCUUCGAAGGGUACUAUCUCAUUUAAGUCGAGAAAUCCAGAUGGUACAUGGUCAGAAGUUGAUAAAAUUUCUAUUCGUGCCAAGAGGAAGAAGGGGGCAAAAACAGGCUCAAACUGUAAACAACUUAAACUUAAUGGCGAAGAGAUACUUCAACUAAAUGUCACUUUAGAACAAGUUCAAGAAUUGUUACAACCCCCUCUUAUUAAUGCUCCCACCAUCGUGGUAGUCGAAGGCGUUGAGUUUGAGGAUUAUCAGGAGGCACCAAUUAUAGGAAGUCCUGCAAUUUUUUCAACAAAUCAUCAGGGAUCUAUUUGUUCAAUGGAGGUCAAACCGACACCAGAACGUCUUCAGCAUAUGCUUCCUAUGAUUAAUCACGCAUCUUCUAGGAACAUUAAUUCAGAAAAUCCAGAACCGGUUAAGAUGAUGGAUGGGCUUGAUGCACUUGCUGACUUGGCAAUCCAGGAUGGCGAGGCCAUUCCGACAUUGUCUCAGGCCACCACAAGACACCCCCGCCAUAGACCCGGAUGCACCUGUAUUGUCUGCAUUCAGUCGCCAAGCGCCACCAAGCACAAACCAACAUGCACCUGUAACGUCUGCCUAGCGGUUAAGCGGUUUACUCAAACCCCGAUGGUUCUCCAUGGCUCAAAAGAUUCGGAGAAAGAAGCCGGAAAUUCUGUUCGGGUUCCGAGUCAAGUGCCGUAUGCCGACAUUCUCCGGCAUACCCAGACGGGAAAUAGUGGUCAUGACCACAAAACAGCGGCCGGUGGAAGUUCUGAAAACAAUCCAGAUGGAGAAAAACCAUCCACCCCUUUCAAAAGUCAAAAUAUCGACUUGAAUACACAACCCGAGCGGGAGGAGGAAUCUUCUUCUCCGGUUUUGGAAUCUAUCGGGAUCACGAGUUUAGCGCCAGAACCGACACAAAGAUGCAUACGACAGAUGAAGCUAUCAAUCAAUGGCAUCACCGAUGGCAAUCAUGCUUUAUAAACAGCAACUUUUUCUCUCUGUUUAUUAGCUAACAACUGUUAUCAUUCGGGAAGAUAGAUCUUUUUUCCAGAUAUUGCUGUAUAUUCAUGGUGGUGGCGGCAUGGCGGGUGGUGGCGGCGCUAUGGCGAUGGUGGUGGUUAGGUCGAAGCUAAUUUUGGUAUGCGAGUAGGAGCUCACCUUGCUGCUCAUCGGUAAGAAAAUGCAUUAUAAAAGCUUUGUUAAGUUAUAUAUACUUUCGUAUAUCUAAACAAGAUCGUAGAAACUAACUUAUGACGUUCUCUAGAUUCAUCGAAGUACAUAAUUUCUAGGAGUAAUUACAGUUUUUUCGGUUUCAAAUGCAAUUAAUUAGAUUUUAAGUCUAAAGGGGUUCUUAUUGCAUAAUUUACAUGAUCACACGCUUGGAUCGUAUUUUAGUGUUCGUUGGGAAGAGGAACGAAGGUUGCUUUAUAAGGAAUUGUAUACCGCCUCUACCAUACGCGUCUUGAAACCGUGAGUCCAGAUGUGUGGACAAAGCAACCAAUAUCUGGUACGGUUGGUUUGGGAUGUUACAGAAGCAUUAUACUGUUUGGUGUUCGGUAUUAUCGUGAAAGAAUGUGGUUGCAUCAAAUGCAGCAAUUCGUACCGGUCUUGAUCCUUCAUGUUAUGGAACUUCAGAAGGUCUAAACCGGGAUCUAGGUGACCCUAUGUUUCUUGACUUGACGAAAUGAAAUACCAGUAUGUGACCAUCGGUUAGACUUGGGUCAUUUUUGUUCAUUAUAUAUUGGAGCCUCUUUCUCUGCUAAAGGAUUUUUUUGGGAGUCGUGUAAUGGGUUUUCAUAUAUUUUGCCAUGGUAUCAGAGCUGAUAUCUACCACUCUAGUGGUUCGACACCUGGAACAAUCUGUACUCGUCUAGUACCCUUUCAACGCUUUGGAUAAUUUGUACUCGUCUAGUGUCUAUUGGAGACCGCGGUAGAGUCCCCCACAACAUUCUACUCGAUUUUUUUAUUUUUCUUGUGUUAAGAGUCUGCAUCGGUUAGACGUGGAGUAAUUCUCCUCAAUAUACGAUGAAACUCUAAUCCUCCUCGAUAUAUAAUGAACCCUCCUUCGUCUACUAAAAGGUUCUUCUGGAGAGUAAUCUAAUAAAGUUUCACAUAUUUUUAGGAUUGCAAUCGCAAAACGUCCUAGAAAACUUGCCAGGCCUCCUUUUUUACUGGUCUAUGAUGCUAGUUGAGAUGUUGGCCAAGUAAGCUAAGAGAGACACUCUUAGGGGUCGUUUACCGAACACUUAUUCGGUAAGUGCUUAUCGGUAAAAUUCAACACUAUCACUCUCUUACCCUGUAAGAUUUUUGUCCACCAGAACGGCAUUGGAUGCAACAAUUUACCCGGUAAGUACUAA